AGACAGAGCUGAUCUGGGGCAUCAAGGAUGAGCUGAGGAAGGUCUGCUCCACUAAUGACCUGAAAGAGCUGCUGAUUGCCAACAAGCAGGAAGUUCCUUCGGGGGAGAAUGCCAUUUUGGACCGAGUAGCAGAUGGGAUGGCGUUUGGAGCUCUGCUUCCCUGCAAGGAGUGUAAGGGGCAGUUUGUGUUCAAGAGUGACGCGUAUUACUGUUCAGGGGAUAUUACUGCCUGGACUAAGUGUGUUGCUAAAACACAGACUCCCAGCAGGAAAGACUGGGUAAUCCCAAAGGAGUUUCGGGAAAUUCCUUACCUGAAGAAAUUCAAGUGUAAGAAGCAGGACAGAGUAUUCCCUCCAGAUGCUGCGACUGCGAACUCUGUGCCUCCUCCCUCCGCGUCUGCUCCUUUGACAGAGACUGUGUCCGCACCCAAGGACAAACCACUGACUAACAUGAAGAUUCUGGUUCUCGGAAAGCUGUCAAAGAACAAGGAGGAGAUGAAGAGCACCGUGGAGGACCUGGGAGGAAAGAUGACAACAUCAGCUAACAAGGCCAACCUGUGCAUCAGCACACAGAAGGAUGUGGAGAAAAUGAGCAAGAAAAUGGAAGAAGUGAAGGAGGCCAAAGUCCGUGUGGUCUCAGAGGAGUUUCUUCAGGAUGUGAAAUCCUCCAGCAAGGACUUUCAAGAGCUUGUGUCUCUCCAUAUGCUUUCACCAUGGGGUGCAGAGGUGAAAAUGGAGCAUGAGGAAAUGGCUGUGGAUGGGAAGUGCAGCAAGGCCCCGAGUAUGAAAAGCGCUGGGAAAGUCAAAGAAGAACAAGGACCUAGCAAAUCUGAAAAGAAAAUGAAGCUAACAGUUAAGGGUGGAGCAGCAGUAGAUCCUGAUUCUGGUUUGGAGGAUUCUGCUCAUGUCUUUGAAAAAGGUGGAAAGAUUUUCAGUGCAACCCUGGGCCUAGUAGAUAUUGUGAAAGGAACAAAUUCCUAUUAUAAACUGCAGCUGCUGGAGGAUGACAGAGAGAACAGAUACUGGGUGUUCAGAUCCUGGGGUCGCGUGGGUACUGUAAUCGGGAGUAACAAGCUGGAGCAGAUGCCUUCAAAAGAAGAUGCCGUUGAACACUUCCUGAAUUUGUAUGAAGAGAAAACUGGCAAUUCUUGGCAUUCAAAGAACUUCACUAAAUAUCCCAAAAAAUUCUACCCGCUGGAAAUAGACUAUGGACAGGAUGAAGAAGCUGUCAGGAAACUGACAGUAGGUGCUGGGACGAAGUCAAAACUUGCUAAGCCAAUCCAAGACCUUAUUAAGAUGAUCUUUGAUGUGGAAAGCAUGAAGAAAGCCAUGGUGGAAUUUGAGAUUGACCUGCAGAAGAUGCCAUUGGGAAAACUGAGCAAGCGACAGAUCCAGAGUGCAUACUUUCAGCAGGUGAGCAUGGAAGAGAUGUUAGAAGAAGAGGAGAAUUCAAAUGCGGUUUCUGACAGUGGUUCAGAAUCCCAGAUCUUGGACCUCUCCAACCGGUUCUAUACCCUGAUUCCUCAUGACUUUGGGAUGAAGAAACCACCUCUCCUAAACAACCUGGAAUACAUUCAGGCUAAAGUGCAGAUGUUGGACAACUUGCUUGAUAUUGAGGUUGCUUACAGCCUUCUCAGAGGUGGAAAUGAAGAUGGAGAUAAAGACCCAAUUGACAUCAACUAUGAAAAACUUCGAACUGAUAUUAAGGUUGUUGACAAAGAUUCAGAAGAAGCCAAGAUUAUUAAACAAUAUGUGAAAAACACACAUGCUGCUACUCACAACGCAUAUGAUCUCAAAGUCGUGGAUAUCUUCAGGAUUGAGCGUGAAGGCGAGAGUCAGCGUUACAAACCAUUUAAGCAGCUUCAUAAUCGCCAGCUGCUGUGGCACGGUUCCCGCACCACCAACUUCGCCGGUAUCCUCUCGCAGGGUCUCCGGAUUGCUCCCCCCGAAGCUCCUGUGACUGGCUACAUGUUUGGGAAGGGCAUCUAUUUUGCAGACAUGGUAUCCAAGAGUGCCAACUACUGUCACACAUCUCAAGCUGAUCCCAUAGGCUUAAUACUACUGGGUGAAGUUGCCCUUGGAAAUAUGUAUGAACUAAAGAAUGCUUCUCACAUAACAAAAUUGCCCAAGGGAAAACACAGUGUGAAAGGCUUGGGCAAAACUGCGCCUGACCCCACAGCCACCACCACCCUUGGUGGUGUGGAGGUUCCCUUGGGGAACGGGAUCUCAACAGGAAUUAAUGAUACCUGUCUUCUGUAUAAUGAGUAUAUUGUGUAUGAUGUUGCUCAGGUAAAUCUGAAGUACCUGCUGAAACUGAAAUUCAACUAUAAGACGUCACUCUGGUGAACAGUAUUUAGAAGCCCCGUUAGAGUUAUACUGUAGUUUCACUAUAGCGCUGACUUCUGACAUGCUUAAGCAUUGACUUCUCUUACCAAGGUAUCAAGAGCUAAACUGCAGAAGAGGUUACUAAAUCCUAAUUAGUACAACACUUAGUGAAAGUUUUAUAUAAACGUGUGGCAAUAUAUGGACCUGAAUUCUGAUGAGAACGAAUACCUGUUUUUGUUUUAUACCACUUCUAAUUUGGGGGCUUUCAAGUGCUUCUUUUAAUUGACCAAACUGGCAAAAAAAACCCCCAACACUGAAAAUCAAGCAUGUAUUUUUAGCGAGACAGACUUGGGCAAUAGCAAAAGGAACUUGAGGAUGUUUGCGGUAUUUGCUCUGUUAGGGUUCCCUCAUGUUCAAGAUACCCUUUCAAAGUUCUCGUUUCAAUAAACAAUAAAUGUGCAUUUAUUUUGAGGUAAAAAAUAAAAGCUAAUUUCAUACUAACAGCUUUAUGUUUCAAAAUUUCCCAAUUGUUUUGGUUUUGAGUCACGAUUUAAAUGUAUUUAGUAGAAUGUUCUUAGACAUGAUAUCUCUCUCUGAAGAUAAAUGCCAAAUAUUGAAAUCUGUAGUCACGUUUCAGAAAGUCAUGGUGAAAUGAAAAUUUGGACUUUACACUGAGAUAUCUGUCAACAGUUGGUGUGGUAAACAUAGAAAAUGAUCUUGUGGCUGUUUGAAUUUAAUAUUAGCCCCAAUAAACCUCCUUUAAAUAUCUACCUUCAA